UGCAUACCACCUCAAUUUAAGCUCCCCCUCCCACCCCCGCCCGGCGUGGCAUGGCACUGCACUGCACUGCGGCUGCGCUGCCACUUUGGAACUGGGUGGCCACCCUUCAUCACCCUUGAUGCAAGUCUGCCUGCCUGCCUGCCUGCUUGCUUGUGCCGUGGUGGAUGCGCGUGCAUGCAUGCUUCGAAUGUGUCCCUCUUCUCACAUCGGUCUGCUGUUGUUUCGGCUUAGCGCGUGUUGCAUGCCCAUCUGUCUGCCUGUCUGCCUGUCUGGCAUGCGCCUGUCCAACAGCUUGUCCUACGUUCCCUACGUGUCUUGUCCCAAGCUCGGAGAAAGAAGAUAA